AGCAGGAAAAAAAUGAAAUAAAAAUCCGUUCGCGACUCGCAACUUUCAUGUGUAUCCAUGUCAGCUUGGCUUUUGUGCUAUUUGGAACGAGUUGUCAAAUAAAAGCGGCAGCCAGCGGAAAAGGAGUUGGAGUUGGAUCGUUGACUUGGCUGGCUGCCAUCAAAAUGGCGUCUGGCAUGGCAAGGACUUUAAAAAGCUGCUCGGAAAUCGAUGUGGAAAAGUCAGCUGCGACUGGCGCUGCUCGAGUGCUUUUACAGCCUCACCUGUCGCAGGACAAACAAAUUUUAAUCAAAAUAAAAACGAGCAAGGUAGAGGAAAAACUACAAAUCACAUUUCCUGUGGCAACAUCCACUUCCUGUUUGGCAUGGAAAUCUCCCAGUCAGCGUUUCACACGCCGGCCGCCUCCGAUUUGACAACUGCAGCCGCUUUGAUGUUGCAUGCAGCGCAUUUUCCGCUGCGUGGUGUGUCAUUUAAUUGUCAGUCAGUCAACGAGAGUCCGUCAACUUGGUCAGUCAUGCACUCAAUCAGUGGCAGGACACUGCGGAGUGGCCAGGACAACAACAGGAGCAAGAGCAGUUCACCCCCAGCGACUUUGUCCGAGGCCCUCCCCCUCGAUGAAGUGCAGUUUUUAGUUCCGUUCUCGUUCCCAUCCCCCCCCAGGAAGUCGGACUUCCUAAGCGGAACUGGCUGCAUUAUCCUUCCAUGGGAAUGCCAGGACUCGCGGGUUGGCCACUGCAGCAGGACCAAAGGCUCAAAGCUUGAGGCGGACUUGGAUCCAAAAGCUGGAGCGAGCAGUUGGACAGCGGAUAAUGCGACGACGAUGACGAUGACGAUGGGCAAAAAAGGCAAUAAAAUUUAAUGCCAGACAAGGGAGCCGCGAGUGGAUCGGAUCGAGUGGA